AAGAUUUAAUUGAUAUCAAAUUUCCAUCAAUUACAAAAACGCAAAUAUUCCCUAAAAUUGUUGAUCAAUUUAUGUUUGUAAUAAACAAGAAUGAAUUGCAAAUUAAAGAAAUUAUUAAACUGGAUUUCUAUCUCCCUCCUCCUCAAUACAUAAAUCAUUCAAUAAAAGAAUUUAAAAAAAUACCAGGUUUUGGAAAAGAUGCCAAU